AUGUCGUCAAUCCAGGAAAAGAUGACCACCGCCUUGGCCAGCAAGGAUCAGGGCAACGAAGCCUUCAAGAACGGCGACAUCAAGAAAGGACUGAGUGGACUGGAUAACCAAAUGUCGGGAAUGCCCAUGAUGUCGGCGAUGCAGCCCCAGACGGGUAUGGCGACAGACGACCAGAAGAACGUGAUCAAGACCAACUUGGCGGUCGUCUACUCCAAUAUGGGCGCGUGUCAUCUCAAGAACGGCAACUACAAGCGUGCGAUCGAGGUCUGCGACACUGCCCUCAAGCACGACCCCACCAACGUCAAGGCCAAGUUCCGUCGUGCUCAGGCCAAGCUUGCCGAGGGUAACCUUGCUGGUGCCGAAGCUGAUCUGAACGCCUUGGGCGAGAAAGUACCUGGAGUGAAGGCUGAGCUUGAAAAGUUGAAGAAGAAGAGCAAGGAUGCUGAUGACAAGCAGCGUAAGACCAUGGGCGGAUUCUUGUCGCGGGGCAGGAUCAUCUCCAACACUGACCCCGACCACGAGGACUCAGUAGAGAAUGUCACAUCCGCUUCUGCCACCACGACGACCACUUCUUCGACCUCACCCUCGACACCAGCGGUCAAGACAACCCCCAAAUCAAAACCCACACUUGCCUCGAAGAUCAACAGCGCAAACUCGAACAAGAAGCCACCCAAGAUUAUUCAGGAAGAGGAGUACCAGACGUCGAGCUGGUCGGGUACUGCCCCCAAGAUUCAGGAGUUGGCCGAUGGCGAAGAGUAG